AUGUACAUAGAAAAUAGAAGAAGAGAUGCAGCCGUUGUCGCUGUCGAGGGAAUCACCGCGGCGAUAGAGGGCCCUGCCUGCCUCCUUGCUGUGUACGCCAUCGCGACAAGAAAGCCGUACAGUUACACCCUUCAGCUUGCAAUCUCCCUCGGACAACUCUACGGGUGCUUGGUUUACUUCAUAACUGCCUUUUUACUGGGUGACAACUUCUCGACCAGCCCGUACUACUACUGGGCAUAUUACAUCGGCGCGAACAGCUCUUGGGUCGUUAUACCGUCUCUCAUCGCCAUGAGGAGCUGGAAGAAGAUAAGCGCAGCAGUGAAUUCGGAGAGGAAGAUGAAAAGCAGCUAGAGCCGGAUCUUAUGCCUCCGUUGUUUAUGCCUCCGUUGAUCAUGUACUCGUGUAGCGAAUUCGGGUUUAAUUUUAGCCAGUGAUGGAUGCUCAUCUUUUGGCUGGGUUGCAAAUCCUCGGUCACAGUUUCCAUUAUGGAAUGCAGCAGAGUGAAGCCUAGAUGAGGUUUGUUUUGUUGGAUGAAAAUGCAUCGUAUAUUGAAUUUUUUUUUUUU